CACGCGUGCCAAACCCUAGCCUUCGCAUGCUCCGCACAUACCACCGACUCUCUCUCUCUCUCCUCCGCCGGAGCCUCGCCGGAAAACCGAAGCUUGAAAAACACGUAAGUUCUCUCUCCGUCAUUUGUUUCUCUCUCCAGUUUCCUCAUCUCAUUCAUCUCCGGUCACCCAACUCCGGCCAAUUUGCCGGAAUAUUCUCUCUCCCGCCGCGAAACGACGUCAUGUAGAUCUGUGCUUUUCUAGGCCAGUGAUGAUGAUUUUAGGUGUUUGUGAAGGUGUUAGAGAGCUUGAAACGACGUCUUGGAAUAUAUUUGCGUAUUUUAGCUGUGAUUGAAGCAAUAAAUUGGGGUAGACCGAGAAAAUAAGGAAGCAGUCGUUGGAACAUGGAGAAUUUCAACUGUUAUUGGUCUCAUAAACGUAAAAGACUCUAAACUGAGGCGUGUGUUUAAGCUGAUAUCGUGAUGGAAGAACGAUAUGAUAUGAUAAUCACAGUUGUAAUAGUUCGGGAUUGGUAAAAGAAAACAGAAAGGGGAAAUAUGGCCACUGAGAUGCAGAAAUUUGGAACGAGUGAAGAAGACGAUGAAGACACGGGGAUGGAUGUGAAAGAAGAAGACGAUGAGGAUGAUGAUGAUGAAGAUACGAACAUUGCGACCCAGGCUAUGGUAGGUGUUGAUGGGGGACUUGCAUCUACCAGCAUCAAUAAUCAGUUUCAGCAUCACCAGCAAUUUCAAGAGCAACAAACUCCCCAGGGAGUGGCUCGAAGGUGUAGACCAUUGGAAGAAAAGGAAAGAACAAAGCUGCGAGAGCGGCAGCGAAGGGCUAUUACUGCAAAGAUCUUGGCUGGGCUUCGCAGGCAUGGGAACUAUAAUCUUAGAGUUAGAGCUGAUAUCAAUGAUGUGAUUGCAGCUUUAGCAAGGGAAGCCGGUUGGGUUGUUCUUCCUGAUGGAACCACUUUUCCUUCCAGAUCACAGGGCACAAGACCUGCUAGUGGCACAUCUACUUCAGCGAUGCCUUCAUCAUCUUCACAUUUGCCACUGCAGCAAACCUCGCCUGCUUCAUUGAGGGCAUGCCCUUCUGGAUAUCAAGGUACAGUGGAGUAUAAUGCAGAUCAUAUGAAAGGUGGCUUUGUGCCUGCUUCAUCCCCUUAUAAUGUAUCCUCAAGCACUAGAUCUCAUACUUCAGCAAUGGUCGGACAAGGAGAUGUCCGGAAUGAUGCUCUUCUUGGGGGCUCCAUGAAUUCUGUUGACAACAACCAGGUUGUUGACAUAUCCACAAAGUUACAGGAGCAUAAUUUUGCCGGCACCCCUUAUGUUCCUGUUUACGUGAUGUUACCGUUGGGUGUCAUCAAUAUGAAGUGUGAACUUGUUGAUCCAGAUGGUCUGCUAAAGCAACUAAGAGUCCUGAAAUCGAUAAACAUUGAUGGUGUUAUGGUUGAUUGCUGGUGGGGCAUAGUUGAAGCACAUGCUCCGCAGGACUAUAACUGGAAUGGCUACAAGAGAUUGUUUCAAAUGGUUCGGGAGCUUAAGCUCAAGUUACAGGUUGUCAUGUCCUUUCAUGAGUGUGGAGGCAAUGUCGGCGAUGAUGUUUGUAUUCCACUGCCCCAUUGGGUAGCAGAAAUUGGUCGGAGCAAUCCUGAUAUAUUUUUCACUGAUAGAGCUGGAAGACGUAAUCCAGAAUGUCUCUCCUGGGGAAUUGACAAAGAACGUGUUUUAAGAGGACGGACUGCUGUAGAGGUUUACUUUGACUGCAUGAGAAGCUUUCGAGUUGAAUUUGACGAGUUCUUUGAAGAUGGUAUCUUCUCUAUGAUAGAACUUGGACUUGGUCCAUGUGGGGAGCUACGAUACCCAUCUAAUCCUGUAAAGCAUGGUUGGAGAUAUCCUGGUGUUGGUGAAUUUCAGUGUUAUGAUCAGUAUUUGUUGAAAAGCCUCAGGAAGGCAGCUGAAACAAGGGGGCACACCUUUUGGGCACUGGGUCCUGAUAAUGUGGGUUCCUAUAAUUCCAGGCCACACGAAACUGGAUUUUUUUGUGAUGGAGGUGAUUAUGAUGGCUAUUAUGGCCGGUUCUUCCUUAAUUGGUACUCUCAUGCUUUGUUGGAUCAUGGUGAUCGGGUGCUUUCUCUGGCCAAGUUAGCAUUUGAAGGCACUUGCAUUGCUGUAAAGCUAUCAGGUAUUCACUGGUGGUACAAGACUGCCAGCCAUGCUGCUGAAUUAACUGCUGGGUUUUACAACCCGUGCAACCGAGAUGGUUAUGCGGCAAUUAUGGCAAUGUUGAAGAAGCAUGGGGCUGCCUUAAAUUUCACGUGUGUUGAAUUAAACAGGUUAGACCAGCAUGUAGACUUCUCAGAGGCCCUCACCGAUCCCGAGGGAUUAACCUGGCAAGUGCUGAAUGCUGCAUGGGAUGUUAGCAUACCAGUUGCCAGUGAAAAUGCUCUUCCCUAUCACCAUAGGGAAGACUACAAUAGGAUAUUGGAAAGAGCCAAACCAUCGAAUGACCUAGACGGAAGGCAUUUUUCUGCUUUUACCUACCUUAGGCUCAGCCCACUUCUCAUGGAAAGACACAACUUAAUGGAGUUUGAACGAUUUGUCAAGCGAAUGCACGGGGAAGCAGUUCUUGAUGUCCAGGCAUAGUUUGAAGAAAGUAGGGAUAUCCAACAUUGUGUAUUAUUUAAGUCUUGCCUACAAAAAGGUGGGGACUCACCCUUGGUAUUUUCUUUAUACACCCAUUGUAAAUGAAAUGCAUAAUGUAAAUCAGACAAUUAUUCCUGUACUUUUUUUUUUUUUUUGGGGGG